UUGAAAGAGAAACAGGGAGAUGAAGAUUUAAAGGAGAAGAGAGAGGGUUUUUAGUAGUUAUCUUGUGAAUUUAAAACUUGUUACAUCUGAUCAAUUUGAAAUAAUCAGAUACAGCAGGCGGGUUAGGGGGAGUGAGCUUUUGGUCAAAAUGUCGAUUCAGUUCGAGGAGCCGCUGGCAGGGAGUUACGGGGUAGUGGAUUCGUUCCCGAAAGAUUUUGGGUAUGGGGUGGAGGAGGCCGAUAUGGAGGAGAGCUCGUCUCCUUCGGACAGCAAACCCCGAAUACUGCUUAUGGGGCUCCGCCGGAGCGGAAAAUCGUCCAUACAAAAGGUGGUGUUCCAUAAGAUGUCCCCAAACGAAACCCUGUUUUUAGAAAGCACAAACAAGAUCUACAAAGAUGACAUAUCCAGUAGUUCCUUCGUCAAUUUCCAGAUCUGGGAUUUUCCUGGACAGGUGGACUUCUUUGAUCCAACGUUUGACUAUGAGAUGAUCUUCAGGGGAACUGGAGCAUUGAUAUUUGUCAUUGAUGCACAGGACGAUUAUGUAGAAGCUUUGGGAAGACUUCAUCUCACAGUGUCCAGGGCAUACAGAGUCAAUCCAGAGAUCAACUUUGAAGUUUUUAUUCACAAAGUGGAUGGCUUGUCGGACGACCAUAAAAUAGAAACCCAAAGAGACAUCCACCAGAGAGCCAACGAUGACCUGGCAGAUGCUGGCUUAGAAAAGCUUCACCUUAGCUUUUACUUGACAAGCAUCUAUGACCACUCGAUAUUCGAAGCUUUUAGUAAAGUUGUACAAAAACUCAUCCCGCAACUUCCGACGCUGGAAAAUCUAUUAAACAUCUUUAUAUCGGUAUGUAUUCCUUCAGCUUCCUCUGCUGUGUUUUAUCAUUUUAUUUAUUUUUUUCCUGGGUGGGGGUCGGAAUAGUUUUUAUGUAAGUACAGCAAUGUGGUCUGAUCUCAAAUGGUUACAGAGUAAAGAAGCUGUCCCAGUAGUUAUGGCCAAAUAAUAGGUCUUUUAAAUUCUCAGAUGUGGGCUGUCUGUUGGACUGUCUUGAAUUUUUGAAUUUGUAAACGCAGUAUGUAAUUAUACAUGUAGUGAGACACCUGUGCUGUGGGCCGUCUUUCCAUCUAGAGCCCAUCUGUGGCUGUAAU